UGGAAAUAGAUAAUAUAGGUUAGGAAGUAGUUAGUGAUUACGUUAUCAGGAACGAGGCGAACUAAAUUAUUAAUUGUUGAGGUUAUCUUGUACAAAUCGUUAUUUUCUAUAAAUGUUUUUCAACAAUGGCUAUGCCGUUGGUAGCAAUUCAUUUCGACAAUUCCAUCUCCUUCGAUUAUUUUGUGGAGCUAUUCCAAGAACUGAAGACCCUACUCGUGAAUUAUGUUACAGCAAACUUAUUUUUGUCUACAAAGUACCUGUUCGAUUUUUUAGACAACUUCAACCUUCAGGACCUCAGCGAAAUUCUGAUUGCGUCAUUAGUGCUACUAUGCGUUACCGUGUUCUUCUACUACCUCUGGAGGACGCGUGGCAUGCCACCCGGCCCUUGGGGUUUGCCACUCGUCGGAUACCUUCCUUGGAUAGACAAGGACAAGCCCUACGUGUCGAUGAUGGAACUGUACCAGGAUUACGGUGGUAUUUGUACUAUCAGGCUUGGCGAAGUGGUGGCAAUCGUAGUCUCUGAACCUCACUACGUCAAGGAAGCCUUGAGUCAAGAAUCGCUCACUGGAAGAGCGCCACUCUGGCUCACUCACGGGCUCAUGAACAACAACGGUCUAAUCGCUGUGGAGGGUCCUAAGUGGCGCGAACAGAGGAAAUUCGUCAUCAACUGCUUGAAAAAUUUAGGAGCCGUCAAAGUAGGCGAGAAAAGGGCAGUGAUGGAAAAAAGAAUCCUAGGUGGCAUCAGGAUUACUUUCCAGAUGAUCGACGAACGAAGAGAGGAUGGCCCAUUCGACCCUAAGCAGAUCCUCUCUCACACGAUAGGCAACAUCAUGAACACCAUCGUCUUCGGGAAAUCGUUCGACUUGGACGACCAUACCUGGGUUUGGCUGCAGCACAUGGCUGAGGAAGGAGUGAAGCUGGUUGGAGUCGCUGGUCCUCUUAACUUCAUGCCUUACCUCAGGAUUCUGCCACAAUACAGAAAGUUGUUAGACUUCAUUAAAAACGGUCAGAAGCGAACCCACGACGUGUACAGGAGCAUCGCUAACGAGCAGAGGACGAAGGAUAACAUCCUCAGCUAUUACUUGGAAGCGAUAGCGAGCGGCAAGGGAGAGUACUUCGACGAAGCUCAGAUGCUCCACCUCCUAGCCGACAUGUUCGGAGCCGGCGUGGAUUCGACUCUGGCCACCUAUAGGUGGGUCCUCCUGUACCUAGCGUUGCACCCCGAAGUACAGGAACGUGUAUAUGAAGAAGUUUCAUCCGUGAUCGGAAAAGGAAAGGAACCUAACAUGGAUCAUUUCUCGAUGUGUCCUUACACCGAGGCCACCAUCCUGGAGACGAUGAGGAUAAGACCUGUUGUUCCUCUAGGUAUACCUCACGGAGCUACAAAAGAUACCCAGAUAGCAGGGUUCAGAGUACCGGAAGGGACCAUGAUUAUUGUAAACCAGUGGACUUUGCACCAUAACCCAAAAUAUUGGAUCAAUCCUGAAGAGUUUGAACCAAAGCGUUUCAUCGAUUCGGAUGGCUGUGUCAGAAGAAAGGACAGUUUCAAUCCCUUCCAAACUGGUAAGAGGUCCUGCUUCGGAGAGGAGCUUGCCAAAAUGGUCCUCUUCCUCUUCACCAGCUCGAUGGUGCUGCGGUACCGGCUGCAACUGGAAGGAUCUUCUUCGGCAGGUCUGGGGGGAGAGUGCGGCAUCACCCUCUCGCCGGGACAGCACUCCAUUUCCUUCGUCCUCCGGCAGUGAUCUGUCCUCUGUCCUCAAAGCCAUCCUGACUCAUCCUCAUCGUCUUGAUUAGAGCCGAGGGGCAAAAAACAUUUUUUUAUUUAAUUUAGUGUAAUAUCAAUUGCAUUAAGAUUGGAUAUUUUAAUAUUGAAUGGGUCGAUUCUGUCGAGUCGUUACAUUCUGUAGAUAAAAUGUGAAUGUUUGUGAUUAGUAAACGAUUUUGUACGCAAUACUUUAUUUAUAAAUUCCCCGGCAAGCAUAGUACG